AUAUGAUGAGGGUGCUCUUCGUUGAGUGACGUCCCUGCAUUGACCGUCAUUGAGAAAAAAGUGAUCGCGUCGCGUGAGAACCUUCCAAGAACUGAAACGUGGCAAAAAUAUCCUGACAUACCACUAGUGAUCCAUUGAUCCAAUCAAAAAGAGCCAAUCCACGUCAUCAUUCUCCAAGAAACAGGUGCCAACUUGGACUUUUGUACCAUUACGUAGCAUCCUACGUAGAUUGCUUUGCUCACACAUUUAUUCCAUUUUCAUCCUCCAUGUUCUGCCUUGGCCUUGCGCCAUCAUCUAUCUGAAGAAGACACAAAAAGAAACAGAGAGUCUGCUACUAGUACUGGCGCCCCCUAGCCUUUUCAGCUGCCGCACGAUCACUACAAAUUGUUCAACUUGAAAGCUACGACCAUGAAGCACUCCGUUCUAUUCUGGUUGCUGGUCACCCCAGGAUGUUCUUUUGUUCCUUCUCCCUUAGUGGCAUCCAAAUCCACUCCAAUCACUUCUUCUUCGUCCUUCUAUCAAAUGCGCCCGGACGAUUUCAAUGAGAACAGUAACAGCGCGUUCAAUAAUCUAUCCGUCUCUGAACUCAAACGGUUGCUUGGUGAACGAGGCAUUGAUUUUCGAGAUUGCUUGGAAAAGUAUGAGUUGAUUCAACGACUCCAGGAAAGCAGCCCAGCUUUUCGCACCGUCUCGCCCCCCGUCGAUCCCUUGACCGCCCAUGAACGAGGAAUCAUUCAGACCUUCAAAAAGGCAUCUCCCAGUGUGGCCUACGUCCAAACCACAUCCAAAGCGUUUGCCAGAAAGGGAUUGGCCAUCCGAGGAUUGGAGAUUCCGGCGGGAACUGGAUCUGGAUUUCUCUGGGACAACCAGGGUCAUGUCGUCACCAAUUAUCACGUUGUAGCCGGACGAGGAGGUGGCGGCAUGCCCUCUCGCGUCACGGUCAAACUCAGUGGCAUGGCGCGAGCCAUGGAAGCCGAAGUGGUGGGAGCCGAGCCAGAAAAAGACCUUGCCGUACUGCGGGUCAAGGACACGUACAAUCUGCCCGAUCCGAUUGAUGUGGGUACUUCCAGCGACCUGCAGGUGGGACAGAGUGUCUUGGCCAUUGGGAAUCCUUAUGGUCUGGAUGAUACAUUGACCACUGGAGUGGUCAGUGCACUGGGGCGUGAUCUGGAUGGAGUAGGAGGCCGACCAAUUCGAGGAUGUAUUCAAACGGAUGCGAGCAUCAACCCUGGAAACUCGGGCGGACCACUGCUAGACAGUCGAGGCCGAUUGAUUGGCGUCAACACAGCAAUUUUCAGUCCUGGCGGCAUGGCUGGUAACAUUGGCAUUGGAUUCGCUAUCCCCGUCGACACGGUCACACGGGUUGUGAAUCAGAUCAUCCGCUAUGGCAAGACAGUUCGUCCCACUCUGGGUAUCACCGUUGUAAACGACGGCGUCGUCAAAGCUCUGGAGAAACAAUACGGGCGUGGUCUAGACGGGGUUCUGAUUGCUGAAAUCGUGCCCAACAGUCCUGCCGUUGUGGCUGGUUUGGAAGCAACACGACGAGACGCAGAUGGUAGCAUUGAGUUGGGUGAUUUGAUUUCUCGCAUUGAUGGAAACCCCGUCAAGUGCACCGAAGACUUGAUUAGUGCCAUUGAAGAAAAGCAGGACGGAGACGUUGUGGAGUUGGUUGUUUGGAGAAAGUGCAAUCCCCGUCGCGUGGAAACCAUCCGAGUGCAAUUGACCACACGAGAAAAGUUGGAUCAACCACCCAAAUCCUCCAGCUACAGCAGCGGUCCUCUAAACCGUCGAUCCAAUGGAAGAGGACGAAGCAGGAACGCACUGGUCAGUCCAUUCAGCCCGUUUUGGCAAUAGUUAGGACUUUGAUCGAUCGCGAGCCUAGCUUGUGUUUUGGAUUGCACAGGACGGUAGGCAGAAGCUGUAGCGGCGUUUACCGAAAGUCCGAUAAGAUAAAUUGAUCGUAAAGCUUUUUGAAGGCGACACCAGCUAGACUACCUGUGC